GACCCUAGUUCAAGACCAUUCAAACACGUGUCCUAAUACAUUGAGUGGCCUUCCUGUGGUUAACAGAUGGAAAAGCUGGGAGAAUUUCAAGAAGUUGAGUGGCACAGAUGCGAUGACGGAAACAGGAAUGAUCAAAUUAUUAGUGUCUGUUGAAGAUACAGGUGUGGGAAUCCUUCCAGAAGCACAGGGUCGCAUUUUCAUGCCUUUUAUGCAGGCUGACAGUUCCACAUCACGAACAUAUGGCGGGACUGGUAUAGGAUUGAGCAUUAGUGAGCGUUUGGUGAAACUCAUGCAUGGAGAAAUUGGGUUUGUAAGUGAAACUGGGACUGGCAGUACCUUUUCGUUUACUGCAGCUUUCAUUAGAGCAGAAAUGAGUUCCCUGGAUAUAAAGUGGCAGCAGCAGAAUCCAUCUGUUUCAGGUUUCCAGGGGUUGAAAGCAUUGGUCGUUGAUGGGAAAUGCAUCCGAGCCGAGGUCACAAGAUAUCAUCUUGAGAGAUUAGGGAUAUCGGUGGAUAUAACUUCCAGUGUGGAUGCUGCAUGUUCUUAUCUAUCUUCUAACUUCAGGACAAGUGAUUCAGAGCAUUUAGCUGUGGUUCUUGUUGACGAAGACAUUUGGAAUCAGGAGACUGGAGUCACAUUCCGACGUCUGCUGAAAGAGUUUAGACCCAAUGGCUGCACUGAAGUCCUAGAAGUCCCUCCAAAGAUAUUUCUCAUAGCAACCUGCGUAAGCUCUACAGAGCGCAAUGAGCUCAAAUCAGCUGCUUUAGUGGAUAGUGUGGUAACAAAGCCUCUUCGGUUGAGUAGUUUAAUUUGCUGCUUUCAAGAAGCCACUGGAAUUGGAAGGAAUACACAAGUAACAACAGGAAUACUGUCAACCUGUGGAAAUCUACUUAAAGAUAAGAAAAUAUUGGUGGUGGAUGAUAAUGAUGUGAACAGAAGAGUUGCACAAGGUACUCUGAAGAAGUUUGGAGCAGUUGUCACAUGUGUAGAAAGUGGGAAGGCUGCUUUAACAAUGCUUAAACCACCACACCAGUUUGAUGCUUGCUUCAUGGAUCUCCAAAUGCCAGAAAUGGAUGGGUUUGAAGCUACACGACAAAUCCGCAGUGUAGAAAGCAAAUUCAAUGAAAAAAUAGAUACUGGUGAAGUGUCAAAUGACACGUUUGUCAACAUGGCUCAUUGGCACACACCAAUAUUAGCAAUGACGGCUGAUGUGAUUCAAUCCACAAAUGAAAGGUGCAUGAAGUGCGGAAUGGAUGGUUAUGUAUCAAAGCCAUUUGGAGAAGAGCAGCUUUAUUCAGCAGUCGCACGUUUCUUCGUGUCUGGUUGAUUAGUGGGACUGAGACUUACUUGGCAGAAGUUCAUUGAUGCUGGUCCAGCUUGACUGCUAAUCCAAGCUAUUUUUGGAUUAACGUAAAAGGGAUUUUGGUUGUCUGACGACUGACAUCCCUCACUGCUAUGGUAGCUCGACAUGCUUUAUGAAUGCAGGGUUGCGACCAUGGUGGAUGGCUAAUAAUGCAUUGGGAUACCUUUGGAGUGCAGCCAACAACUUUUCGACGCCACCUAUAGCUAUCCAUCCCAUAUCACUUUCUGAGGACACAAUAAUGGAAUAGAGGCUUAGCUUAUAAAGUUAUGGUUUCUAACCAAAGUUCAAGCCAAUCGGGUGGCAUGCGUUUAGGGGAUGGCAAUACCGCAGCUGGUGGCCUGGCAAAGAGAGGUGGGUGCUUCUAACAGCUCAGUUUUUCCUAACAUUCUCUCUUUCCUGGAAAAUGUUUGGAUUGAUGAUGCUAGCUAGAAGUAUGUAUUACUCAGAGAGAAAAGAAGGAAUUGUUUCCAAGUAUUUUUGUUAAUGGGUGAUACUACAAGGCUUGUCUAUAGCAAUGCCUUGCUGGAACAGAGAAGAUUGACUUCAUUUCAUAGUUCAUACACUACGAUGCAUUUUCUUCUUGGUUCUUCAGAAAGUAUUGCUAUGUGGGUAGAAGGUUAUAUCAUUUCAACUGUAGAUCAUAC